GACGUCACGAUUAGGCGCCGGCGUCUCUGUACAGUUUUGAUCGGCCGCGGGGAGUUGUUUUCCCCAGAGCUGCCAUGAGCAAGCGGAACCAGGUGUCGUACGUUCGGCCAGCCGAGCCGGCAUUCCUGGCCCGCUUCAAGGAGAGGGUCGGCUACAGGGAAGGGCCCACCGUAGAGACCAAGCGAAUCCAACUUCAGCCCCCAGAUGAAGAUGGUGAUCACAGUGACAAAGAAGAUGAACAGCCCCAGGUGGUGGUUUUAAAAAAGGGAGACCUGUCAGCUGAAGAAGUCAUGAAAAUUAAAGCAGAAAUAAAGGCUGCCAAAGCAGACGAAGAACCAGCUCCAGCUGAUGGAAGAAUCAUGUAUCGAAAGCCAGUAAAGCGUUCUUCAAAUGAAAAAUACUCAGGUUUAACAGCAAGCUCAAAAAAGAAGAUGACAAAUAAAGAUGAAAUAAACAAACAGGACUCAGUUAAGAAUUCACAAAAGCAAAUCAAAAAUAGUAGUCUCCUUUCUUUUGACAAUGAAGAUGAAAAUGAGUAAGUGUAAACAUUUUGGACUUAGUCUUCUUUAAGAGUACAUUGGAUGUUUUUUGUAAAAUAACACCUUUUCCUAUUGUAUAUUGGCUUGUCAGAAAAGUUAUGAUGUAUUUUUUCUGUGUUUUUUAAGCAAAAAUGCAUCGUAACUUUUCUGACAACCUAGUAGUUAAUACAGUGUCAUUAUAGAAAAUUUAUAAACUACAAGAAAAAUUUAGUAAGAUAAAAAUUGUGUCCUUCUGUCAAUAUCUCUUUGAAAUGCCAACUCUGUAGAUAUUAACUACUAUUACUAUUUGUUAUUUCUCAUGUAGGAUGUAUAUCUAUGUAAAUUACAUAUUUUUAACAAAAUUGAGAUUGUAUUAUGUUUUUGAGAUUAUAUUAAGUGUUUCUGGCUUUAUAUUGUGUUUUUCCAGGUCAGUAAAAUUAAAAAUCCUGACAUAAUUAUCUACAAAGAAUUUCAUGACUAAACAGAUCCCCUGUUGUAUCUUCCUCAUUAGCAGAAUCCCAUUUUAGAUGGGGAAGAUGAUAAUGUCCCAGGUUAUGAACACCUCCCCAGCUCCUUCUAAGGCAUACCAUGUGACAGCUCUGGUAAAUAAGAGAGAGAAGUGGAUCUUUUCCAAGUGAGAAUCUAAUAAAUGAUCUUUUUUUUUUUUAAGAUUUUUUUUUUUUUUUUAAAUUUAUACAAUAGCUGGGGUAUAGGCCAGAGGCGCGGGAGGGUGAGAGGAUUCACCAGAGACAGAGUGGGGAGCAGAACAGGCAGACUGAAAGCACUGCUGAGGGGAGCAGCGGGCGCGACAGGAGAGGUCUGCCGUGCCAUGUGGGCAUCUCCCUAGCUGGCCAGGAAUCGAACCCGCACUGCAGAGGCUGUGGACAGCCUCAUAGAGUUGUGUUCAACUCGCUGCACCACCAGGAAAGCCUAAUAUGUGAUCUUGACACAAGUGAGGAUCUAAUAUAUAACAUGACUAUUGUUGAUAGCACUAUAAAAAGAGCAAGCUGCAAGUAGAAGCCUACCUAAUAAAGCUACUGGAUUUUUUGAUAUAAAAAGACAGAUUUAGGGCCUCCCUGGUGGCGCAGCGGUUGAGCGCUGGGUUGCGAAGCUGCCCGCAGCCUCUGCUGCGCCGGUUCGAUCCCCGGCUGCUCCCCGGCCACCGGAGGAGGGUCCCACAUGGCACAACAGACCUCUCCUGCUGCCCGCUGCUCCCCUCAGCAGUGUGCUUCGGUCCUUCUGCCUGCUCUGCUCCCCGCUCUGGCUCUGGUGAAUUCUCUCACCCUCCCGUGCUUCUGACUGUACCCAGUGCUUGUAUAAAUAAAUAAAAAAAUAAAUUUAAAAAAAAAAUUAAAAAAAAAAAUAAAAAGACAGAUUUAGCAAACAUGAACCUUUGUCCUCUCAUCUUGUCUACAGUGGAGACUUGAUGACGUAGGAGGUCAGCGCCACUUUCAGAUACAAGGCAGGCAGCCCCUUGCUCUGGGGGGGUCAAGUGGAGACUCAGGAGCAUGGAUCCUAUGGCAUGCCUCUAGGAGCUAUUGCACCAGCCCUGGAAUGCAGGCCUCGAUUUACUGGAGUAAGAGAAGAGUAAGCGCCAUAUUAUUUCAAUGUCAGGUUUGUGGUACGUGCUGCCUACAUGAUACAGUAGUCGGAUGGACAUGCUUCUACAGAAAUCUCCAGGUGUAUUUCUGGUGAUAUCCUUAGAAUGGACAGUUGGAACCAGAAUUAUAGGAUCAAAGUAUUUGAAUAUUUUUAAAGCUUUCAUAUUUACUUUCAUGGUGGUUUUUAGAGUGUUUGUUGGUUUUACCAUUUUGUUUAUUUACAAUCUUUAAGAGGCACUACACUUAACACAGAUUAAUACAGAUAAUAGUGUACCAGCCUUCAGCUGGCACCAGCCUUUACGUUUUUGUCAAUUUAUGUGUUGAAAACUUUUAAUAGUUAAAUUUAAUUGGCAAUUUUUUGGAUCCACCAAGGAGGCUAAACUUUUUCAAAUGUUAACACACCAUUCUGUGUUUCUUUUUUGGAUUAGAUUUUUGGAUUCCAUUAGUUUAGUAGUAUUUUCCUUACUGAUUUACAAAUUAUGUAAUCUAUCAGAUUUUGUUAUUGUUUCUCCAUCUCUGUAUAGAUUAAGAAACACCUAUACUUAUUUUGUUCAGCUGGAAUUAAUCUGAGUAUCCUUAGCCACAAAUAAUUGUCCCAGAACGAUGUCUGUUUCUCACUUCAAAUACAUCUGAGAGUUCUCUAAAUGUUGGGAUAAGAAAAGGAGAAAAGCACUGUAAAUUCUGAGCCUUUCCAGGUAAUCCAUCAAGUCCCUGCUUAAUCCUAACAAUUUUCCUCAUUUCCACAAGUUAGCCAAAACUGGGGACUUGUCAGAAUUCCACCCUUCACCAGCCACAUCAAUCUGAACUUAUGAAUUUCAGAGCAUCCAUUAUCAUGCAUUUAGUACCACAUCUAUCUUCUAUUUUAAGACCUACUGUCAUGUAAUGUAGGUGAGUUGACUAGGGAUCCCUGAGAGGCUCUGAAUUAUACACAGUCCUAAAGCCAGUUGUCUUUAACAUACAUUUCUCACAUAAGCCAAGUGAUUUUCUAAUCUACCAUUACUAUAUGUCUUGUACAAACCCCACCUCAUUUUAAUUACCUUAAAUCUUAAUGUCUAGAAGGGAGGGAUUUUGUCUUAUUCACUGCUGUAUCCUUAGUACCCAGAACAGUACCUAGCAUAUUAAAAGCAUAAUAAAUAUGGAAUGAAUGGCUGUUUUUUGUUUGUUUUAUUAGGCCAGUGGUUCUUUUAAUUUUUUAUUUUUUAAGCAAUAUUUUCUCCCCACCCCCUUAGACCAGUGGUUCUUAAAGUGUUAAUUUCAGAUCAGCAGUAUUAGCAUCCUGGGACUUAAAAGCAAAUUUUCAGGAAAUUUACAGCAGUUUUAUUCAUAGUUGCCAAAAUCAAAAGGCAAUCAAGAUGUUUUUCAAUAUGUGAAUGGAUAAACUGUGGUAUAUCCAGAUAAUAGUCUGUUGUUCAGCACUUUGAAAAAAGCUAGUUAGCAAACUAUGAAAAACAUGGGAAGCCUGAAUUCAUAUUAAUCAGUGAAAGAAGCCAAUCCAAAAGGACCACAUACUAUCCAAUGCCAACUAUAUAACAUUCUGGAAAAAACAAAGCUAUGGAGACAAUAAAAAGAUCAGUGAUUGUGAGUGUUAGGGAGGAGGGGUACAGAGGAUUUUUAGGGCCAUGAAAUUAUUUUCUAUGAUACUAUAAUGGUAGAUAUUUGUUCAGACCCAUGGAACUAUGACUCUGGGUGAUGAUGACGUGACACUUUGUAGGCUUAUUGGUUAUAGCAAAUAUAUUACCCGAGUGUGGGAUACUGAUGAGAGGAGACAGCCUGGUGGGCGCAGGAAGCCUAAGGGUACUCUAUACUCUGUACUGUCUGACUUGUGAGCCGAAAACUGUUGUAGAAAAUAAGAUCCAUUAGCAAAAAGGAGUACGGUUUGUGUUUGCUUGUUUAUAAUCUCUGGGAGGAAAAGAAUAGUAAAUACCCCCAUUAUUCUUGGGUGGGGGCACUGGGGCUCAGAGAAAGUAAGGUUACACAUCGAGUGGCAAAGAAGACAUCAAACUCAAGUUCUGACAUCUAUUUUCUAGUUCCAAGAUCUCUUUACUUUUCGGGGAACAUCUUUGCCUCUUGUGCAACAAA